AUGUUGGUCAUCAAAGCCACGGACGUGGACCUGCUUUCCACGGAAGAAAUGCACACCUGGGGCAAAGUGCUGAAUGAGACCAUCUGGCCCAGCCGUGAGCAAGCCGUGUGGGCAGACAGGGUGAUGUCUGACAAUUCUCACACAAUGCGAUUCAGAGUGCGUAUGUACUGUGACGCUAACUACUACACCACAUCGUGUAAUGUCAUGUGUGUGGCCGACAACUCCAGCACCGGCCACUACUUGUGUGAGCCGGGCACGGGCAGAAAGCUCUGCUUACCAGGAUGGCAAGGAACCCAGUGUACCCAAGACAUCGACGAGUGUGCCUUAUCCUUCUGUCACUCGGGACAAUGCAGCAACCUACCUGGGGACUAUACAUGCAGUUGCCCACACAGCUACUCGGGUAAUUAA